AUGGUCCAAACUUGGAUGAUCUGCUGGCUGGGCAAGAGGAGUGUUCUGCCAGACUCCCCUUCGAAAAGGAAGGCUGAUCUGGCGAAAGAUGCGUCCCCGUUAAGGAAGAAGCCAAGGAUCCCUUAUGCUGAGAAGACUCAAGUGAGAGCUAUUUCAUCGUCAUAUGCCAGGGUUAAACAUCUCGUUGGUGCAGAUAGUAGGAAGGUUGGUGGUAUGCGCGGUGUUUGGGGUGCUCUACCCGAGCCUCAUGCUGACAAGCUUGAAAACCAUGAUUCGCUUCCUGGAAUAGCUCGUGCCCUAUCUCGUUCUGCCGAGCUAGUCAAGCGUGGAGUUGAUUCAGCAUCAUUGACUUCAUUAAAGGUGAGGAUGGCGGUAGCUAAGAAGACGAGAGAGCCAUCUCCCUGGGCGAAGGGCUCUCCUGCAACGUUAGCGGUUGAUCCCAAGGUGGAGAAGUCCAGCCCUGCAGGGGAUGCGGGUGUGUCUGAUCUGCCCAAGACGAACUUUCUAUCAAGUUUGUCUGCUUACUUCAAGCUGGUUGAUCAUAUCCAUCAGGCUGGAGAUCUUGAGACAGUCUCAAAUGCCUACCUCCGUCUUAAGUGCAAGAAUGCUGACAUCUCCUUUAGUUAUGACAAGCUUCUGGCUAGAUUUGGCGCUUAUAACAAGUCUGCUGAAAAGUCCAAGUUCGAAGUUACCAUGAAUGCAUACAAGCUGGGCUACUUGAACUGCUCAAAUGGAACUGAUCCCUUCUAUGCCAUUGGAGAUGGAGACAUCAAGAUGCUCUGUUCUGACUUGCUUCCUAUGAAUAGUGAGUAG